AUCAUGGCAAUUUGUAUUGAUUAAGGUCAGACAUCAGAUAUCUGCUAAACCCAAUACCACUUCGUCGUCACUUUUGGAACAGAAACAAGACAAAUGCCUUCUGCAUGCGUAUUGGGAGUGGCGUUUGCGAACCAAGAUUGAGCGAGAGCGCUUUGUACUGGAGGCUGAGGAAUUUUUGAAUAUGGAUGAGGAACGCCGCGAGAAGAUCAACCAGGGGUUCAGCCACAACAUAUACAACUCAUUGUUUUUCAAGGCCAUCGCUGCACCGGUAACCAUGGAGAUCACCAGGCCGAACACGGUCGACAUUGACUCACAAUCUAGGUUAUAG